AUGGGCGAAGACACCGAGUCCGCUCUCCGCGGAAUCCAAAUCUUCCUCGACGCCCAAGCCACCCCCGCCGUCGUAGGAACAAGUCUACGCCACGCAGCCUACUGGGUCGCCCUCCGACAAGAAAUCAUCACAGCCUUCUCCAAGCAGCGCCCCUUCCGCCUCCCCCUCGGCCCCUGCGAUCCAUACCGCACCUUCGAGCCCGCAGACGACUACGUCUGGGCCGACAGACUCGUCAUCCACUGCGCCGACGUCCUCCAAUUCUGCUUCGGCUCAGAAGAAGAAUCUCACUCUUACACCCCCUCCCCCGAAUCCCGCAUCACCCGCUACGACACCCUCGUCUCCUUCGAAACCCUCUGGACAGAAAUGGGCCCUUCCUCAUUCAACCCCGUUUACGCACGAGACCCGGAUCCUGCGCGCGGAGAGGUCUUCCCUGAACUCUGGUAUUUGAAUAACUGUCACGUCGCCGGGCUGCAGCAUUUGGAGCUCGCGCGGAUUUUGUUAGCGGUUUAUAAUCCGCGGUUGCCGCGUUUGGGGCCUGGGCAGAGGACUGCGAUGCGGAGUGUUGAUGCGCAGGUUCGGACGAUGGUUUUGAGGCUUUGUGGGAUUGCGAUGUCGAAUUUGCAUAGUCCGCCUGGGUUGGUGACGGCUAGUGCGGCGAUUGGGAUGUGUGGGGAUCGGUUUGUGGAGAAGGUGGAACAGGAGGCGCUGUUUGGGGUUUUGGUUAGGUUGGAGGAUGAGUAUGGGUAUCCUACGCAUAAUAUGCGGACACAGCUGAGGGAAGCUUGGGCGUGA